GGUCUGCAAGGAUGCUGGCUGUACCGGAGACGGGCCUGCAGGGGCUGUACAUUGAAGCCUGAGGCCCGAGUCCCACAGCAGGCUCUCUUCUCCGUGGUGGUGGCCAUUGACUUUGGCACCACGUCCAGUGGCUAUGCCUUCAGCUUUGCCAGUGACCCUGAGGCCAUCCACAUGAUGAGGAAAUGGGAGGGCGGAGACCCGGGCGUAGCCCACCAAAAGACCCCUACCUGCCUGCUGCUCACCCCGGAAGGCGCCUUUCACAGCUUUGGCUACACAGCCCGCGACUACUACCACGAUUUGGAUCCCGAAGAGGCUCGAGACUGGCUUUACUUCGAAAAGUUCAAGAUGAAGAUCCACAGCGCCACUGAUCUCACCUUGAAGACACAGCUGGAGGCUGUAAAUGGAAAGAAAAUGCCCGCCCUGGAGGUGUUCGCCCACGCCCUGCGAUUCUUCAAGGAGCAUGCCCUUCAGGAGUUGAGGGAGCAGUGCCCGUCGAUGCCAGAGAAGGACACUGUGCGCUGGGUGCUGACGGUACCCGCCAUCUGGAAGCAACCGGCCAAGCAGUUCAUGCGAGAGGCUGCCUAUCUGGCUGGCCUGGUGUCCCGAGAGAAUGCUGAGCAGUUACUCAUUGCACUGGAGCCCGAGGCUGCCUCAGUCUACUGCCGCAAACUUCGUCUGCACCAGCUCGUGGACCUGAGUGGCCUGGCCCCUAGGGGCGGGCGCCUGGGGGAGCGUCGCUCCAUUGACUCCAGCUUCAGGCAGGCCCGCGAGCAGCUUCGGAGAUCCCGCCACAGCCGUACAUUCCUGGUGGAAUCUGGUGUCGGAGAGCUGUGGGCAGAGUUGCAAGCAGGAGAUCGCUACAUGGUGGCAGACUGCGGGGGAGGCACUGUGGACUUGACGGUGCACCAACUGGAGCAGCCUCAUGGCACCCUCAAGGAACUCUACAAGGCGUCAGGCGGCCCCUAUGGUGCAGUGGGCGUCGACCUGGCCUUUGAACAGCUGCUGGGCCGCAUCUUUGGCGAAGAUUUCAUCACCACUUUCAAAAGGCAACGGCCCGCGGCCUGGGUGGACCUAACCAUCGCCUUUGAGGCUCGAAAACGCACUGCUGGUCCGCACCGUGCAGGCGCGCUCAACAUCUCCCUGCCCUUCUCCUUCAUCGACUUCUACCGCAAGCAGCGAGGCCACAAUGUGGAGACAGCCCUUCGCAGGAGCAGUGUGAAUUUCGUGAAGUGGUCCUCGCAGGGGAUGCUUCGGAUGUCCUGUGAGGCCAUGAACGAGCUCUUCCAACCUACUGUCAGCGGGAUCAUCCAGCACAUUGAGGUACUACUGGCUCAGCCUGAGGUGCAAGGUGUGAAGUUGCUGUUCCUGGUGGGCGGCUUCGCUGAGUCUCCUGUGCUGCAACAUGCAGUGCAGGCGGCCCUGGGCGCCCGUGGUCUGCGCGUCGUCGUCCCGCAUGAUGUGGGCCUCACCAUUCUCAAGGGUGCCGUGCUCUUUGGGCAGGCACCAGGCGUGGUGCGGGUGCGCCGCUCGCCGCUCACCUACGGUGUGGGUGUACUCAACCGCUUUGUAGAUGGGCGUCACCCGCCUGACAAGCUACUGGUUCGUGAUGGUCGUCGCUGGUGCACCGACGUCUUCGAGCGUUUCGUGGCCGUUGAGCAGUCGGUGGCCUUGGGUGAGGAGGUGCGGCGCAGCUACUGCCCGGCGCGCCCAGGCCAGCGGCGUGUGCUCAUCAACCUGUACUGUUGCACAGCUGAGGACGCCCGCUUCAUCACCGACCCGGGAGUGCGCAAGUGCGGCGCGCUCAGUCUCGAGCUGGAGCCAACAGUCAGUGGCUCCGACCCUGCUGGCGCACACCCUGGACGCCGCGAGAUACGCGCCGCCAUGCAGUUUGGCGACACUGAGAUUAAGGUCACCGCAGUCGAUGUCAGCACCAACCGCUCUGUGCGAGCCGCCAUUGACUUUCUUUCCAACUGAGGGCGCACAGGGCGCCAAGUGGCAUCGCCCACCUAGUGCUCUGCCCUGCCCGCCGUCUCUUUGGUCUCUGUGGAGUGGGCUGGGCAGCCAAAUCUGCUUGUUCAGUGAUCAGCGAAGCACCCCAUCCCCCGCCCAGAGCCCAGGGGAUAUGAGGUCACAGAGGGUGGGUGAGGACACAUCCAGAGACACUGAUUUGGG